AAAGAGAAUUGGUGUGAGUGAAAAUGGGAGUGGAAGGAACUAUGGAGUAUAUAUCGGACUUUUUGAAGAAGAGGAAGAGGAAGAAGAAGAAGCAAAUGCAAACAGUAGCUCUCCGAGUUGCUCGUAUCGACUGCGAAGGUUGUGAACGUAAGAUCAAACAUAUCCUCUCCGGUGUCAAAGGGGUGAAGUCAGUGGACGUAGACGUGAAGCUGCAGAAGGUAACGGUAACGGGAUAUAUAGAGCCGAAGAAGGUUUUGGAGGCGGCGAAGUCAACGAAGAAGAAAGUGGAGUUAUGGCCUUACGUUCCUUACACAAUGGUGGCGAAUCCGUACAUAUCUCAGGCGUAUGACAAGAAGGCACCACCAAACAUGGUUCGGAAAGUCCCCGACACGGCCUCUGUCAACGAGACCACCGUUGAUGACUCUUACACCAUUAUGUUUAGCGAUGAGAAUCCUAAUUCUUGCGCUAUCAUGUAGAAGAGUGUAAUUUUUGUUAUGGAUUUUGGUAGUAGUAUACGUAAGAAUUGUUGUGUGGGGGUUUGGGUUUUCAAAUGUAACGUGAGAAAAUCGAAAUGUCUUUUGACAAUUACAAAGAAUUUGAAUAAUAAGGUUUCUGCUUU